AUGGGCAUUUCCGCGAAACGAUUGCUGCUCGCUUUGACAUUGACGGCGGUGGCCAUCGGCACCGCAAACAGCGAACAAUCAGCGCGCACUGUCUGCUACUUCACUGACUGGGCUAUCAAUCGACCAGGAAUUGGACGUUACGUAUCCGAAAAUAUUCCAACUGAGCUGUGUACGCAUCUAAUCUACUCGUUCAUUGGAGUUAAUGACACCGAUUGGUCUGUGCUAGUAUUGGAUAGCGAAGUGGAUGUCGACCAAAAUGGUUUCCGCAAUUUCACUGCACUGAAAGAGAAGAACCCAAGCCUUAAGCUUGAAAUCUCCAUAGGAGGAUGGAAUGAGGGUGGUGCGAAAUAUUCCGAACUCGUUUCACUGGCCGAGCGGCGCCAGAGCUUCAUCAGCAGUGUUGUGGAAUUCUUAAAUGAAUACGGUUUCGAUGGUCUCGACUUGGAUUGGGAAUACCCCGGCGCUACGGAUCGUGAUGGAGUUGCUGCAGAUAAAGAAAACUUUGUCUCUUUAGUGCAGGAAUUGCGAACAGCUUUCGACGCUGAGGGUAAGGGUUGGGAAAUAACUAUAGCUGUUCCCGUGACUCAAUCAAGACUUGACGCUGGCUACAACGUAACUGCACUGUGCGAGCUUUUGGAUGCCGUACACACAAUGACCUAUGAUCUGCACGGCACUUGGGACGGUUUCGCUGAUGUACACAGUCCGCUUUACAAGCGCGAUUUCGAAACGGCAGCGUAUGCAAAACUGAAUGUGCAUGACGCUCUUGCACUAUGGGAGGAUUCGGGCUGUCCCGCAAAUAAAUUAGUUGUCGGUGUGCCAUUCUAUGGUCGCAGUUUUACACUCAGCGCAUCCAACCAUAACUACUCCCUCGGCACUACCAUCACUGGAGCGGGCAAUGCAGGAGCUUACACUCAAGAAGCCGGCUUCCUAGCCUAUUACGAAAUCUGUACCCAGGUGCAAAAUGCCUCCUUGGGAUGGACCGUUGAAUGGGAUGAUGAAGGAAAGGUACCCUACGCGUACAAGGACACUCAAUGGGUUGGCUACGAAAACGAGGAAUCGGUGCAAAUUAAAAUGGACUUUAUCAAGGAAAAGGGCUAUGCUGGCGGCAUGACAUGGGCCAUCGAUUUGGAUGACUUCCAUGGAUUGUGUGGACAAAAGAGUGCACUUCUAAAUAUUUUCCAUAGUAACUUACACAAUUACACGGUGCCAGAGCCGACAACCAAUCGCAUUUCUGGUAUUUCCGCGAGACUUUUGCUGCUCACUUUCGCAUUGACGGCGAUGGCCAUCGGCACCGCAAACAGCGAACAAUCAGCGCGCAUUGUCUGCUACUUCACUGACUGGUCUAUCAAUCGACCCGGAAUAGGACGUUUUUGAUCCGAAAAUAUUCCAACUGAGCUGUGUACGCAUAUACUCUACUCGUUCAUUGGAAUUAAUGACACCGAUUGGUCUGUACUAGUAAAGAAUAGCGAAGUGGAUAUCAACCAAAAUGGUUUCCGCAAUUUCACUCAACUGAAAGAGAAGAACCCAAGCCUUAAGCUUCUAGUCUCUAAAGGAGGAUGGGGUGAGGAUGGUGGGAAAUUUUCCGGACUCGUUUCACUGGCCGAGCGGCGCCAGAGCUUCAUCGACAGUGUUGUAGAAUUCUUAUAUGAAUACGGUUUCGAUGGUCUAGACUUGGACUGGGAGUACCCCGGCGCUACGGAUCGUAAUGGAACUGCUGCAGAUAAAGAAAACUUUGUCUAUUUAGUGCAGGAAUUGCGAACAGCUUUCGACGCUGAGGGUAAGGGUUGGGAAAUAACUAUAGCUGUUCCCGUGGCUCAAUCAAUACUUGAUGAUGGCUACAACGUACCUGCACUGUGCGAGCUGUUGGAUGCCGUACACACAAUGACCUAUGACCUGCACGGCACUUGGGACGGUUACGCCGAUGUACACAGUCCGCUUUACAAGCGCGAUUACGAAGAUGCAGCGCAUGCAAAACUGAAUGUGCAUGACGGUGUUGCACUAUGGGAGGACUCAGGCUGUCCGGCAAAUAAACUAGUUGUCGGUGUGCCAUUCUAUGGUCGCAGUUUUACACUCAGCGCAUCCAACCAUAACUACUCCCUCGGCACUCCCAUCACUGGCGCGGGCAACCCAGGAACUUAUACUCAAGAAGCCGGCGCCCUAGCCUACUACGAAAUCUGUGCCCAGGUUCAAAAUGCCUCCUUGGGAUGGACCGUUGAAUGGGAUGAUCAAGGAAAGGUGCCCUAUGCGUACAAGGACACUCAAUGGGUUGGCUACGAAAACGAGGAAUCGGUACAAAUUAAAAUGGACUUUAUCAAGGAAAAGGGCUAUGCUGGCGCCAUGACAUGGAGCCUCGAUUUGGAUGACUUCCAUGGGUUGUGUGGACAAGAGAGAGCACUUCUAAAUAUUUUCUAUAAUAACCUAAACAAUUACACGGUGCCAGAGCCGACAACGGCGGAUUAAGUGCCGCUGGACAGAGGGUGAAGUCUGAAAGUAUAUCUUCCGAAUAGCGGGCGUAAUCGCUGAAAUUAAAUAAAUAAGAUAUUGCUGCAAAGCGAAUAGCGUGCUGCUGCCCAUAGAGAGUA